AUGAUUCGCAAUCAUAAAUCAUUAUCAGAAGAAGAAAUAUUGCUGCUUCUCGAAGGUGAUUUAUCUGAUUUGGACCUUGAUACGUCUGAUGUGGAGGAAGAGAUUGAAAAUGCUAGGCAGCAGGACCCUACUACACUGGAUAUACAGUUUCUUCAAGGACUGGACCUUGAUAUGGUUGAAAUUCUGGACCCUCAAGCCAAUGAUGAAGGUGAUGUUCCCUUAGCUUCAAGAUUACUUGCUGAGCCAAACCUUGCACCAAGUCAUUCAGCUCAGAAAAUUCAGUGUGAUACACACCGGGAUCUUCGGUGGAGAAUGAAGGACAUUGAAGAAGUGGACACAUCAUGUAAUGCAGUUUUUUCUGACCCUCCAGGAGAUGAACUGACACCUUUGCAGUAUUUCAGAACAAUGUGUAGUGAUGAUAUUAUCCAGAACCUAGUCGAGCAAUCUAAUCUAUACUGCCCACAGACAACAGGUGCAUCUUUAGAUACAAAUGUUCGUGAAAUAGAAAAGUAUAUGGGGAUAAACAUCCUAGCAGGUGUUGUGAAAAUGUCUAAUUACAGAAUGUAUUGGGCAGAGGCUACAAGAUUUUCUCCAAUAGCUGACUCAAUGCCUAGAAAUAGGUUUGAUAAGCUAAGAAAUUAUUUGCAUGGGAAUGACAACACUAAAAUGAAACAAAGAGAGGACCCUGAUUAUGACAAGCUGUUCAAGGUGAGACCAUUUGUUGACAAAAUCAAACAAGGUUUUUCAAUUAUUGAACCUGAGGAAUAUCAUUCAGUGGAUGAAUUAAUAAUUCCUUACAAAGGUCAUUCAUCACUGAAAUAG